GGGGGUCGGGAGGGGCGACUCGGUCGAUCCCGGGACGACGAGGCCGACUAGCCCCUAGCUGGCCGGCGUGGGACCGAUGGAGGAGCAGGACGGGGCCGGGGCCUGGAGCAGCGGCGAGGACGGGAACGGUUCCGGGCCGAGCGUCCCGGGCCGCUGGCUGUAUAACGGGACCGGGGAGGGCCCACCGCCGCUGCUCACGGACGCCUGGCUCGUCCCUCUCUUCUACGCGCUGGUCAUGGCUCUGGGGCUACUGGGCAACGCGCUGCUCCUCUUCGUGUUGAGCCGGCGGCGGGGCGUGCGCACGGCCACGCAUUGCUACCUCGCCAACUUGGCCAUCACGGACGUGGUGUUCCUGCUCUGCUGCGUGCCUUUCACCGCCACCCUCUACCCGCUGCCCGGAUGGGUUUUCGGGGAGUUUAUGUGCAAGUUUGUCAACUACGUGCAGCAGGUGACGGUCCAGGCCACCUGCCUGACACUGACAGCUAUGAGCGUCGACCGCUGCUAUGCCACGCUGUUCCCCCUGCGCUCGCUGCGCCAUCGCACGGCCCACAGUGCCAUGGCCAUCAGCACCGCCAUAUGGCUGGGCUCCUUGGCCCUGGCAGUGCCAGCAGCGUUGCCCCCGAGGCUAGAACUCGGCUACUGGUAUGGGCUUCGCAUUUACUGCACCGAGGCCUUUGCCAGCCAGUCUGGGGCCCGGGCCCUGGGACUCUACACCUUCCUGGUCGCCUACCUGCUGCCCUUGGCCACCAUUGUCCUGUGUGCCGCCUGUGUCCUGCACCGCUUGCGCCGGCCUGCUGUGGGGCCCCUGGAGGCUGGGCAUCAGGCCCCUCCGGGCCCCCCUCCUUCACGGGCCCGGGUGUCGCGGAUGGUGGUGGCCGUAGUGGUGGUGUUUGCCGUCUGCUGGGGGCCCAUCCAGCUGUUCCUGCUACUCCAGGGCCUGGCCCCCCCUGCCCGCCCCUCCUACACCACUUACAAGCUCAAGACCUGGGCCAACUGCAUGAGCUAUGCCAACUCAGCCCUCAACCCCCUUGUCUAUGCCUUCCUGGGUCACAACUUCCGCAAGUCCUUCCACAAAGCCAUUCCCUUGCUCUCCCGGCCUCCGGCCCCCGGGGCCCUGCCCCCAACGAGGGGCCUAGUCCCUCUUGCCUGAGAGAGAAGGGCCCCUGGCCCUGGGGUGAUGGGUUCUGAAUCACAGGGCAGAGGGGCAGAGUCUGGGAGAAGUCUGGAGACCCCGAACAGAAGCCCCCACUGCCAUCAGACAAAUCUGGUGUGGGGUGGGGAGACCUGACCCUCAUCACCCACAGUUCACCCCUGACCUCUAAUCCCUUCUAACAGGGAACAAGUGUAACUGAUGGCUGAGGAGGUAGGGGUGGAGGGGCUAGGGGGCCAGGAGAGGCUGUCUGGGUGGGUGUGGCUAAUUUAGAAGUGUGCAGUUCUGAGUCUGUGUGUGUGUGUGCGUGCGUGCGUCUGAGAAGGAUGGAUAUUUGUAUGUAUGUGUGUGUGAGAGGAGGAUGGCUAUGUGUAUGUGUGUGUGUGACUGUGCGUAUGCCUGAGCGUGGGUGGUAUUCGCGUGUGACCAGGACUGCAUUUGAAGGGGUUGACUGUCUCCCCCCUUCACAACUAAAUCCCCCAGUCAGAUGUGUGCACGUGACUCCAGCGGUCUGUCCCAUUAUGACACAUCUGUUUCCUCUCGGCUAUCUGUCUGUGGGACUGCAGCCGGAAACCUCAAAGAUGAGAGGACCCCACCCUGGCCUCCCUCACGGUGGAGGGAGGGAUGGGGCUUGGAGGACCCAGUAUUUCUGCCUCCAGGCACCUCUUCCUCCUAGUCAGGGAGACCAGAUGCCCUGGAAUGUAGAGGCCUGGCAUGCCCCUCCCUCCACUCCCGGGCCCCCCCCGCCUCUCCCUCCCCCUCUAAAUAUAUACACUUUGCGUGGUUUUCAAGUAGGAAGAAAUGUGGUUUUCCGGAUGCAAUGGCAGUGGCCACACUUCUUGGCUUCUUAUUCCCAAUAAAAGUUUGAAGAGUUCA